AUGGAAAACGUCGACAACGACAACGACAAGCCCAGGCCGGUUGCGCCACCUGAGCCCAUAUCGCCUGCGCUCUCAUCGACUGCUGUGCCCAAAGCUGCCGCUUCGAGAACAGCAUCUCCAACUCAUGUCCCUACACCAGACUCCCCUUCUACCCGCGCUAUAGCUGUCAAGAGUAAGAGUCCAGCUCCCAGUAGUGCGAUCGCAAAUGCUCCUCCGGCACCUCCCUCGACGUCUGAGCCCAAAGCUGCAACGCCAACUAUGUCGCGAUCCCCAUUGCCGUCAGGAUCGAUUUUAGCUUCAGUUGCCAAUGCCAAGGACCGCGCACCUUCACCGUCUGGUCCAUCAACAAGUACUGUUAAUGGCAAAUCGAAAUCGCCAAUAGUUGCUGCUGCAAGUACUCCUGCCGUCGCCGCCGCUACUGCUAAAAGCCCACCCAUUAAUGGCCGUAAGGCCUCGAUUGGCGAUGCCGAGGUUGAAAGCGAGCUUAGUGAUCCAGCAAGCACCGUACACUCGCCGUCUGGUGUCGACUUCAAUGAACUUGAGGACGAAAUCAUAGUAGGAGCACGUACCAAUGGUACACGAAAGUCGUCACCUCUUCGGCCUGCAUCUGAUGCCGAAGAUGAGACGAUGGUUGAUGCUGACGAUGAGCCUGUUACUUCACACUACCCCAAGCGGAAGCGAACCUCGAUUUUCCACGAUUUGAGUGAAAGAAAAAUUAUUGCGGACGACCGCCAGAGUUCUGCACCUACCACAAAGACGAAACCGGCUCGUUCAAGCACAGGAAACGUCAAAGGUGUUACCGUGGGCUACUGGAGAGAUUCGGACGCCCCUACUGAAGAGCUCAAACAUGCCGUUAUUGGCUUCAUAGACGUUCGUGAACGUCUCCGUACUCGUAUACAGGGCGUCACUAGAUCUGGAGAUGCUAUGUCAGAAGAAUAUCCACUGCCUCCGGGGCCUGGUGGAAGCUGGGUGACGUUCGAGAGGAUUGUGUUUUCCCCACACCUUGUCGGUUUGGACCACCUGCAAGUUAAAGAGUAUGUCAAACUUCGCACCAGCAGUGUAGGUAUUGAACAGACCGAGGCCCAGCGGACGGCUGCAGAGUUGGACGCAGUCAAGGAAGCCAUUCGUCGGGUCAAAUCGAAUCCGGUCACCGACAAUAGCUCAAACCCACCCCAGAUUGCUUAUGGCGUCGAGCUUCCCAAGCACUUGCAGACGAAUCGCGACGCGAAGCGACGGAGGACCAGCGGAGGUUUCGCUCCUGCCAACACUGUCCCAUCAAAUGGUCCUGUAGUCGAACAUACUCCCAUCCAACCAGCACCUGGUGGACCACAGCCUGUACGAAACGUUAUUGACCCGCUCCCCGGCACUAGACCGACACGGAUUCUUCUUGGUACAUGGGCCAAGUCUGCAGAGCCCGAUGUCAAAGAUCGCCACGCGGUAUAUGGUAUCUUGGGCCAAAACGAUAUGUUCCGAGUGAAACUAGUACGAGAAACACCCGACGGACGAUUUGUUGACAGCAACUUUCCUCCAGGGGCUGGUGCUCUGUGGAUUUCAUACGAAGAAGUGAACUUCGAAGAGCAUCUGGUGCAUCUUGCGAGAAAUGAAAUAAAAGAGUAUUGUCGCGUGCGUCAAUGGCAGCUCGAUCGCGGAGAAACAGCCGAGGAACGGACAGCAAACGAGAUCAAGGCGGUAUCCGAGGCACAGUCUAGAGCUGCAGGCACCAACUACAAAGCUCCCGCCCCUUUGUCAAUUGCGCCCGCUCUACCUCGUCUUCCUGGAGAGUUUGGCGAGGAAGCAGAACAACCACCAAAACCAAGCUGGUCCGGUGACGAAAUCCGCCAACACCCCCGCCAAAGUCGUCGUGUAGAAGCAGCUAGAGCUGAAGGCCGUUCAACUCGUCAAGCACCUAUUGAGAUUGAUGCUAUUCAACAGCCCCAACCGACUCGUCCGAUCACGGGCAGGACACAGCAGAGCACUAAUGCUCUAGAACGAACAUCAGCUCUGGCUGAGCGCGAGAUCGCGCGAGUGGAACAAGCCCAGGAGCGUGCUCACACCCAGGCCAUCAACCGUGAGCGAGCAGCAGCCGCCGCCGCCCAAGCAGCCGCCCAAGCCGCCGCUCAGAUCCCCAGUCUAGCCUCCAACGGUCGUCCACAAUUUCACGAAAGCCUUGAAAUGCAGCGCCUCAACAAGGUAUGGGCUAGUCAGGAGAGUAUGCGAUACUCGAGGGCAAGCAACGACGACGCAAAGAUGCAUGGCGGAAUCAAAUACGAGCGCAAGGCCAAUGGUCCUUUUGUAGGGAAGCUGGUAUCUCAAGGAACCAUUAUCAACAUCGAUGGCGAGGACUACGUCGAAUACCGCGUUCUGACGAAGCCAUCAUUCUUCUAA